CUGUGAGGGUCCAUUCGGUUACUUGUUCACACGUUAAGAAAUGGCUAAAAGAAAAGCUCUUAGUUUCGAUGAGAAAUUAAAAAUUAUACAGCAGUAUGAUGAGAAAAAAGGAGUUACGAAUAAGCAGCAAUUUGCAAAUGAAAUAGGAAUACCUGUAUCUACAUUAAAAACUUUAUUAAAAAAACGGGAAGAAAUUGAAUCCAGCGCCUUUUCAGGCAUCAGUAAAAGACGGAGGGUACGUAAAGGCAAAAAUGAGGAUUUAGAAGAAGUGCUGUACCAAUGGUUCCAGCAAGCUCGAGGAAAUAACUUGCCGAUCAAUGGACCCAUUAUGACGGAAAAAGCCAACGAAAUAGCCAAAGGCUUGGGCAUAAAUGAUUUCUCUGGAUCAGCUGGUUGGCUGGAUCGAUUUCGAAAAAGAUAUGGCAUUAAAUAUCGUCAAAUUAGUGGUGAAGCCGAAGCCGUAGACGACGACAGCAUUGCUCCCUGGAUAGAAAAUCUCCUCCCUAAUCUACUAAAAGACUAUGCACCUGAGGACGUAUAUAACGCUGAUGAAUUUGGAUUAUUUUUUAAAUUAAUGCCAGACAAAUCCUUAGUUUUAAAAGAUGAAAAGUGCCACGGAGGUAAGCUAAGUAAAGACAGACUGACUGUAUUAGCAUGUUCUAAUUGGACUGGAUCUGACAAGUUGAAGCUGAUGGUGAUUGGAAAAUCUAAGUCACCACGGUGUUUUAAAAAUGUGCGAACUUUCCCGUGCAACUACAAAGCACAGAAUAGAGCCUGGAUGACUGGGUGUUUGUUUACUGAAUGGGUGCAACAGUUGGACCGAAAAUUCGGUAAAGGAAAGAGGAAAGUCCUUCUGUUUGUGGACAACUGUCCCGCUCAUCCCAAAGGAAUCCCCCUCAAAAACAUCAAGCUCGAGUAUUUCCCCCCCAACUCUACCAGCAAGCUUCAGCCAUUAGAUCAAGGAGUCAUUAAAGUUUUGAAGCAGAAAUACCGUAAAAAGCUGGUACAGCGUUACUUACGUGAAAUUGAAUCAGGAGAGGACUCUUCCUGUAAAAUAAAUGUGUUGGAUGCUAUCCAUUAUGUUUCGGCUGCGUGGGAUGAGAUCGCGCCAGAUGUGAUAAGAAAUUGCUUUCGAAAAGCGCAUUUUGAGAGCAAAUCUAAUGAAAAUGACCUGAAUGUUGCGGAUUUUCUGGACAUCGAAUUUGAGGAACAGUAUCCUGGAUAUUGUUCAGUUGAUGAUGAUUUGCCUAUCACGGAAACUCUAGAAAUUCAGGAUAUGAUUGACAUGGCGAAAGAUGGAGAAUUCGAGGUUGAUAAUGAGGAAGAGGAAGAAGAUGAACCUCCCCAACUUCCCUCUUUUAUUAGCGCCUGCGAUUCCGUAAGCGUUUUGCGGCAGGCGCUCUCUUCUACCGAAAACUCGGAAGCGAUGCUGAGAGAACUUAACAGGAUUGAAAGUUUUAUAAUAAGAAAUUUUAGGAAACCAACUUCUUAUGAUGGAGGAAAGCAACUCCUUAUGGAGAAUUUUCUUACAAAAAAAUAAUAGCAUAGAUGUAACUAAGAUGUAAUAAAGUUGUAGAGGUUAAAAUGCAUACGCGUUUCUUUUGCUUUUAGACUGUUAUUUUUAUUUCAGCGAUUAAAAACGAGUCAUCAGAUUUUUGUAAGGUAUGUUUUUUUUUUCCUGUUAUCUUCCAAAACGGCAUUUUAAAGAGUUCUGCUUAUAACGUCGUCCCGCUUAAUACGACG